ACCAGACAUAUACAAUUAUAACUAAUAUUAAACAUAUAGGAAAAGAAUUUAACUUUACGAAGAGACUGGAACAAAUAAAUUUCUUACAAAUAUAUGAUAUUAUUGGUAUAAUAAUUUAAUUUCAGUGAUGCGACAGAAAUUAAUAGACUUGACAAUUAUCAUCUAUUAAUAUUAUCUGUUCUUUUCUCGUCUAAUGAUACCCAUUGCGAUAAAGUAUAGUAUGUACGCGACUGAAAAAUAACGGCAUCUGUUAUAUAAGGAAACUACUGCAUUUCGAUGAUAUUCACUGCCAGUACUGAAAAUCUAUAGUUUACGUCACGUACACUAUAGAUUUUCAGUACUGGCAGUGAAUAUUGGAACGCAGCCUGCAUAUGCGCGGGAUAUAUCUUUCGAUUUAUUCCUCCGUCCGACAGUUUCAACAACACGUGUCUUUAUUCUUUUUAUGUCAAAACUCGAAAAAGAAAGAACGGAUGAAUAUUACACAAAGGGAUGGAUAAUCAUUUAAAUAAUCAGAAGAAGAAGAAGAGACGUACGAUUCCUGAUUUCACGCUAUUUUUGAUUGUAUGUAUGCUAAACACGAGAAUGAAAUGAACAAAAUCGAUCGUGCAAUUUCGUUUGACAAUGAUAUUGACACAUUGUCCGGUAUUGCGUGAUUUUAAUUAGGUGACAUUGUAUUAUAUGAGAGAACUUUCUUUGGAUUCCAAUGCUGUUUUGACUCGAGGAUAAAUCGCACGUCCGAUUGCUAUCGAUGCAGAGAUACCAGACAUAUUAAAAAGAACGUGCGAAGAAAUCUCUGUUCAUCAUGAGCGAAUCCGACGAUUCUGACAUUCAAGCUGAUAUUCAAGCUCUGACCGAAGCUUUGUCUUUGCCUACAACCAGCGACCCACAACAACAGUUAAUUUCUAGUAAUUCGCGAUCUGAUAGCACUCCCUCGAUAGAUUUUGAUGGGAGCGACGAUGAAUGUUUUAACUAUAUCUAUGAAAAUCAGGACAAUGAGUCUCUGAACGUUUACGAGAUGAAUGAAAAAUUGAUCACAGGCCUGAUGAUAGCCAAGAAAAAAUUGAUUGUUUUGUUACAAGAGUGUGAGAGGAAGAUAAAGGAAGUGGAAGAAAAAAUGAGUUCCAGUGAAAGGUCGAGUUUACGUAUUCCUAGUAGAAUUGCAAUCACCAAUGCUGGCAUGCCAUAUUUUAAGGAUAAGAAUCAUUUUAGAGCACCCAAGAACUGUGACAUGAAGCUGAAGGAACAACGCGGUGAGUUAUUUCUGUCGUCUCUUAGAAAACCGAGUCGUUGGACGGGAAGAGACAGGGAAAUACUUUUAAAGGCCAUAGAAAAUGAGGCUAUUGAAUCGGUACUGUCUAAAGGAUUUAAUGAUGAUAAACAGUCUGAUGAAGAGACAUUGAACAAUCAAGCUAAAAAUAUGGCAUUACUGCUGCCUAGAAAUUUUAAAGAAAUGGUGGGAGCGGUCGGCAAGAGAGAGUUUGAUUGGCAUAAGAUUUCCAGAAUAGAUUUUGACGAUAAGCAUUCACCGGGUGAAUGCCAAGCCAUGUGGAAUGUCUAUUUGCAUCCCGACUUCAACAAGAGCGAGUGGACAAAUGCAGAGGAUAAGAAACUGUUGCAAUAUGCCAAAGAAUGUAAAUAUCAAGAUUGGGACACCAUUACACAGUUGUUAGAAACAAAUCGUAGUGCUUAUCAAUGUUUCAUCAGGUAUAAUACCAUUAAGAAGAUGCCAUCCUUGGGACAUGCUUGGACUAAGGAGGAAGAUGAAUGUCUCGCGAAUAUCAUAAACCAACUCCAGAUCGGAGAUUACAUUCCUUGGUCCGAAGUUGCUAAUCAUAUGCGGCAUAGAACCAAGCAGCAGGUUUACACACGGUGGAUGUACAGGACAGCGCCGCAUUUAAGGAAAGGCAGGUUCACUUAUUUGGAAACAAAAACUCUCAUGGAUGCGGUAGAAAAAUAUGGCAUGGACUUCUGUAAGAUCUCAAAUGUUGUGAUGCCAUAUCGAACUUCUACACAACUCAAUGAACGCUAUCAUACAGUAAUGAAAAACAUGAACAACGACAAAACAUGGACAAUCGACGAUGACGAGAGACUGCUUCAACUACAUAAAAACUAUAAUAACGAUUGGUCCAAGAUAGCCAUGAAUUUUUCCAACAAAUCAAGAACAGAAUUGAGACAACGAUUUACCGCGAUACAAAAAUACAUAAAGAAAAAUAUCUCUGUUCAAGAUAUUCCUAGACAAUCUAAGAAUGGUAAACAGGUUUCAAUGUAUAAGCAAUUAUCUAAGAAUACAUUGGAACAAUGUAAUAAAACCGCAUCGAUUGAUGAUAUUCAGCUAAGAUUGUAUGAAAUUCUUAGUUUACCUCCUUUAGAAAUUAUCAAUUCUCAAAAAUCUUACGAUUCAGAACAGCUCGCGUACGAUACUAGAAGAUUGUAUGAUACAUUGAACUUAUUAAACGUCAAUUUUGAUUUUUCAAGUAGUUCUGUAAAUUUUGUGCAUCUAAAUAAAAAGGAGAAACUACUUUUGGCUUCUCUAAAAGAAUACAUAAAUGUAAGAAAUAAUGGAAUACAAAAUCAUGAGCGAAUAGAAAAGUUCAGAAUGCAAAUGUUUGGUCGUAUCGAAAAAGUUAGCGAAAGUUCUUUCAUACCGCCAUUACCAUUUGAUGGAUACAUAAGAACAAAGAAGAUAAAGAGAAAAGAUCAAUCGAUAGAUUGCGAGCUAAAUGUCAAUGAAAAAUUUCUUAUCGAUGUGCCUACAGAAUUCUCUACAACUUUCUAUAUAGAUUUCAUUAAUCAUGAGGAAGAAAUUCAAUUUUACAAAUUUAGUCAAUUGUUACUAAGUGAUUAUUACGAAUGUGAUGAGCGACAUAUAAAUUUAUACAAAUUAUUAGAAUGUAAUCUCUCUUUUGAUAAAGCGAGCACUUCACCAGAAUAUCAUAAUAGUACGGAUGUGGAUUUGAAGUUAACAAACUACAAGCAAAGAAAAUGCUCGAAUAAAUUGCAAAUACCUAUAAGCACUGAAUAUACUAACGAUGAAUAUGAAGAAAAGCUAUUCACUAUGUCGAAUAUAAUUAUGCCGAAUCGAGCAACUUUAUUAGGUUUCAAGAAUUUGCUUCUUUGGAAAUUGUUGUAUGAAUGUCAAAAUAAAUCUGAACAUUGCGAAUUAUUAUUCAAAAGUGAACAACAAGAAACGGAACAAACAACAACAAACUGUCCUAUACAAACGGAAAGCGCCGAAUAUCAAUUGCUGCAAAUUCGUUUGCUGCAAUUAUUUAAACUUCCCAUAGGUUUAUCAAACUCCAUAUUGGAACUAUCUGGACCAGCACCUAUAUUUUUGACAAAAAAGGAUGAGAAUCAGAAAACCGUUUCGAAAAAGAGAAAAUUUAAAGAUGUGAAUUCUGGAGAAUUGAAUAAAGAAAUAAAUAACUAUAACUCUCUUUCCAAUAGCAGUUCUAAGUUUGACUCCAAUAUUGAAACUGCGGAUCUUCCCAUAGUACGUAAUUGCAAGGUAGUUUGUAAAAAAUAUAAAAUUAUCGCAAAAUAAUAUUUGAUUCUUGAUAUCAUUAAAUUAAUCAAAGAUAAAGGAAGUAAGUUAAAGGAAGCACAUUUUUUCACAAAUAUGUUAUAUUCUCCUUUUCCGUAUUAAAGUAAACUGAUGUAAGAUAAACUUAUUUAUUACAAAAGAAAAAAAAAUAUAUGUAUAUAUAUAUAUAUAUAUAUAUACAUAUACACAUUACAAAUAUAUAUGUGCACUUUUACUACGAUUAUAGAAUAUAAAAUUAAAACUAUAAAUUUUGGGAAAAUGACAGCUAUAAAUUUUAGGAAAAUGACAGCUAUAAAAUUUAAUGGCCAUAAGAGAGUGGCACUAACUAAAUUUAGUUUUAUGUAAUUUAUUUACCACCUGUGUAAUUAAUAUCAAGAAAAAGAUACAACUUCCUUUUUCAUAAAACAAUAUUAGAAAAAUGCGAUAGCAAUAACCUAGGUAAAAAAAUAUAUU